AUGCAGCCAGGAUACGCUCGCGAUUACGCAUUGGGCAGCCAUCGCGACGGGCAAAUCGGCGCUAAAUCACAGGCACAACGGUACCCCAGCGAUGCGCCUUUGGUGAAGCGUGGCGGACGGGCCAACAAGCCGAACCAAGUGCUACUGGUUUCACGCUGGGUGUUCAAAACUGGCGGCUCGAGCUGCCGCGGGCGCAUCACUCUGGGCAGUUGUUGGCGGGCACAUUGA